UACCGUAUACCUUCGUAUUCUCUUAUACUAAUAGGAAGGUGUGGGUAGCAUGGCUACGAAGAGACCUGCAGGAGAUGACGUUCCUCUUCCACAAGCCAAGAAACCGCUCAUUGGUCUGCCACCACUUCACGUACCAGCAGCCACUAGCCAAGAAGAUCUUGAUAUCAAAGUUUUACAGAUACAAAACAGGAAAUUAGCGGAGAGACUAAAGGAGAGAAAUCAUCAUCAAGAUCUGCUCCAGCAGCGCGUCGAUCGUCUUGAAGAAGACAAGCAAUCCGCCGUUGAAGUGAUUGUAGCAGUAGAGCAACACUUUCGUGUAUUAGUACAAGAACUUCAAGCUCAAUUAGGCCUCAAUACUGAAACACUUACUUCAUCGUUGACUAAUCUGUCAAACCAAUCAGCUAAUGCUGCCAUUAAUUCUCUGGACCAGUUCUUUUCUUCUCUCUCUUCAACAGUUUCCAGCAGAGGAUCUCAACUAUUCGCUCAACUGGAGGAUCUCAAAGAAUCUCUAGCUAAAUCAGAUCAACUAGAGCCAUCAACCAUAGCAGAACUAGAGAACAUAUUAUCAGAAAGGAGGAAGAGUCUCGAUGCUCUUGAAGAGAUUAAAGAGAGGUUGGAUCUUAAUGAAGUACACAAGGUCAAAGGUCGAGUCGAAGUGCUGGAAGCAAUGUGUGAGAGAUUAGAGAAUGAUCUAGCUGAUGCAAGGUUUGAUUUAGAGAAGGCACUUACAAAGAAUGAGAGACUCCAGCGUCAGCUGACUGAGGCUCUUGAAUCCUCUCGCUCAACUCGUUCACCGUCAGAGCAAGCCAGCAGUGAGACUGGAGCAAAGGAAACUGAAGGAACAGCUCAUGUGGUAUCACCCACGGCACCUGGUGGUCCCCCAGCAUCAGGAGGAGGAGGAGGGGGAGGAGGAUCAACUAAUGAGAAAUCACCUCCUGUAUCUAAUGAAGAAUUGGAUACUUUACGUUCAGAACUGGACGAUGUUCAGAAAGUUUCUGAGUCACGUCUUGCAGAAAUACAGCAGCUCAAUCAGCAAAUUGUAAACCUCAAGCAGCAAUUAGAGAAGAGCAAGAUAGCUGCCCAACAAGUAUCAGAUAGUUCAGUCAGGGAAUCAUCUGUUUUUAAGUCCCUCCAGAGUCAGUACAGUAUAUUAAUGCUAGAGCAUCAGCAGGCUAGGAAUCUUUAUGAAGAAGCAAGGAAGCUUCUUAACACAGCAAAGACACAACACAUCAUGCAACUGGAAGAAAUAAGGCAAGAGGAGUUAAACUAUCAGAGUGAAGUAAGAGAUGAGAUGUCAAGGAUAGAGACAAGUUUGGCUACAGUCCAACACGACUAUGAGCUAUUAAAGAUUGAGCAUGAACAAACAAUAGCUGCUAAUGAUCAAGCAGCCCCUAUAGCAAAAGAACUACAAGAAAUGGUUGGUAGCCUUCAAAAGAACAUUCAACAAUUGAAGGGAGAGAUCAAUCGAUACAAGACCCGUGCUUACAAAGCUGAAGAGAAGCUUGGUAAGCUACUGGAAUCAGAGAAAGAAGCUAAGGAAGGUCCUGCAGUUUCAGCCUCAUCAAUCUCACCGCCACCUUCUCAUUCUCAAUCUAAUCCAGCCCCUUCUACUAAUCAAAGGAGUAAUUCCACCGAAGAACCAGUGGAAACUCCAAUCACUGGUGAAUCACUCAAUGAACAAAGAAUAACGGAGCUUGAAGAAUCGAUAAAGACUUUAAAAUCUGAAAAGAAAGAGCUUGAAGAUAAACUGGAUACAUACGGUGCAGCUGACAAGGAUAAGACUGAUCUUGUAACUGCUGAGAAAAAAGCAAGACAAUAUGCUGACGAAUUGAAGAAAAAGUUUGAGGAAAGUCGAAAGGAGUAUGAAAAGAAGAAGGAACACAUGAAGGAAGAUCAAAGACAGCUUCAAAAGGAGUUAAGCAACAAGAAGCAAGAGGCUCAUGCACUGAUGGGAGAGAUGGAGUCUAUAGCACAAGCUUUUGAGGAAAUACAAGAACAAAACAUUAGAUUACUCCAACAGCUAAAAGAAAAGGAUGAUGCAAAUCUGAAGCUAAUGUCAGAGAGAAUAAAAGCAAAAAGUAUUCAGAAACUCCUCAAUGAGGAGAAGAAGUUACUGGAAGCUGAAAUAUCUGCUAUCAUUUCUGAGAGGGAUAGAUUAAACACACUAGUGCAGAAACUGGAGGACAGAGAGAAGAAUUCCGAAGCAGCCAUUUUAUCUGCAGAGAAAGAAAUCUCUUUAAAACAACAGUCAAUAGAAGUAUUUAAAAAGAAGGCACUUGAUAGUGCACAGCAGCAACAAGAACACUCUUUGAAAAUUGUUGAGCUUGAGAACAUAUUAACAACUACACAGCAAUCACUGCAGUCUAAGACUGAGGAGUGUGAGACUGAGAUACAGAAUGCAAGAAGAGCUCAAGAAGAAAUUGUUAAUAUGAAACGAAAGCUUGAGAAAUAUCGACAUAGAGAAUGGGCCAGCUCGAGUGAUGAGGUUUUAUUGGAAGAAAAUAGAAUAUAUAGAACGAAACUCAACUGUCCUGUUUGUGCUAGUCGUAAGAAGGACACUGUACUCACUAAAUGUUUUCACGUGUUUUGUUCCGAGUGUAUAAAGACCCGCUAUGAGACAAGACAGAGGAAAUGUCCAAAGUGCAACGCCGCAUUCGGUGCCAACGACUUUCACAAGAUUUACAUUUCUUAGCAAUGUGAUUUUUCUUCUCUUUUAAUAAUGAUUGAACUUUGUCAUAAAAGUCUGAUCUGCAUUGUAUUCCUCUUUUUAUAAAAAUCCCAAUCAUAUG